AGGUUCCUCUCUGGGACCCAAUUUUUAAUUCCUCAAAGCCACAAAGUCUCUUUCAAUUUUUCCUCCGCUUUUCAAACGCAGACACCUCCCCCACCAUUUCAAUCCCACAUUUUCCAACACCACACCAAGAAAAACCAAAGAGAACUCCCAUGAAUAGUCCUUAUCAUCUCCAAGUUUUUUGUUGAUCUGUGCUGCUGAUCAUGAUCAUCAAGAACUUGAGGGUUUUCAAGGGUGCACGUUUUCGGAGAUUUCUAUGUAUAAAAUUUGAUGUUGAGGUCGGUAGUUAUUAUGGUUCUGCUUGCUCUUUCUCUUCUGCUACUGCCGGUGGUUUUGCCACCCUUGUCGCCGCCUCCGUUGUUGUUCUUGUUUGUUCCUGUUUUUAUCAUGAGUGUUCUCGUUUUAUUGGCUUUAUCUCCUUCUCAUGAACCCAAUAUCGCCGUCGAUAAUACUGUUUGAAUCAAACAAGAAUCUUCGACCGAUCUUCCUCCUUGGAACUCAUCUCAUCUCAUUUCUUGAUUCACGAAAAGCUUGGAUGAUUGAUGGAUGAAAGCAGCAAAUCAAGAACAGCUCUCCAAGCGACUCUCUCAGAAAUAAAGAAGAAGAUGA